AUGGCGAUAUCGUUGCUUCCUUUUGUUCGUUGCUAUUCCCACUCUACACUUGGUCUCAACAGAGGGCAAGCUUGGUUUCAAGACGUUAGCUGGUUUGGCGUUUUGUUUCGGCUCAACUACACUACUACACCAUGGCUUUCAGUUUCCAGUAACCAACAACAAACGGUUUUUUUGGUUCUUUGGUCAGGCAAUGCAACUUUGGGGCAUCAUCAUCAUCUCUUUGAGUUCAAGUCCCAGCCUGUAUCAAGUGGCUAUUUGCUGGAGAAGCUUCUUGGAACACGUCCAGGGCUCUAUAGGCCUGCGUUGAGUUGCUGGGUCGAUGACGAUGGAUUUUUGGAAGAGCAUGGUCACCGUGUCGAGGCUCGUUCUUUCCCUUGGGGAUUUCUUUUCAUGAGGUGGGAAAUGAUUGGAAGGAUUGGGGACCAUUCUCUUUGGAGAGGAUGA